AUGAGUUCAAAACUUUAUCAACGCCUGUCUUCAGAGUGUGACGAUGCAUGUAGCGCCGACGCCAGCUUGGGCGCCCCCCCGCGAAUAUCAAAGCCGGUCGAGGCUCUGCAGUAUUCAUAUGAUUGCGUCGUGAUUGGCUCCGGGUACGGCGGCAGCAUAGCAGCGUCGAGGAUGGCCAGGGCCGGCCAGUCCGUAUGUCUCCUCGAGAGGGGACAGGAACGAUGGCCGGGAGAAUACCCCUUGACCUCUAAGCAGGCCCUGAGGCAGGUCCGUCUGUCAGGUCAUGUUGGAAAACCAUUUUCAGAGAGCACCAAGGUGCAGUGCGGGAACCGAGACGGCAUGUACCACAUUGUCGUAGGGCACGGCCAGACUGCCGUUGUUGCCAACGGCCUUGGUGGUGGCAGCCUCAUCAACUCCAACGUCUUCCUCGAGGCCGACGCCGGAACGCUGGCCAUGGAAGUCUGGCCGCCGCAGAUCCGCAACGAUCCGCAGUGCUUGGAAAAGUAUUAUCAAAGAGUCCGCCGGGUGCUGGAGCCCGAGCCGUACCCGGACGACUGGCCCGCGCUGCACAGAACCCAGGUGUUCCGAGAGCAGGCCGAGAGGCUGGGCGUCCCGAAAGACCGCUUCCGCAAGGUGCCGCAGACGACUCGCUUCCGUCCCGGCCGGAACGCCUGCGGCGUGGCCAUGGCGCCGUCGACGCGCUCGGGUCACGACACCACGGGCCUCAACGACGGCUCCAAAACGACCACGCUGGUGACGUACCUCGCCGACGCGUGGAACUGGGGGGCCGAGCUCUUCAGCCAGUGCGAGGUGCGGCACGUGGAAAAGGUGCGCGACGAGCGCGGCGGCUACCUUGUGUUCUUUAUCUCGCACCAGCGCCGACAGCAGCAGCGCGGGAGCGGAUGGCAGCCGCCGCUGCGGUGGGUUCACGCGCGGAGCGCCGUGUUCCUCGGCGCCGGGGCGAUCGGCACCACGGAGAUUCUCCUGCGGAGCAAGGCCAUGGGGUUGUGCGUGAGCGAUACCCUGGGCGAGGGCAUGAGCGGCAACGGCGACAUGCUGGCGUUUGGAUACAACACCGACCGCCGCGUAAACGCCAUGGCGAGUGCGCAGGCAGCACGCCGAGACCCCGUCGGCCCAGCCAUCAACGCCGCCAUCGACAUGCGCGGACAGCCGGGCAACCCCCUCGACGGCUUCGUCAUCCAGGAGGGCGCGGUACCGCCAGCGCUGUCGCCCCUGCUGCAACCCCUGCUCGACGUCAGCUCGGUCUUGUCCGGAUCCUCAGUCCCCAAGAACAUGCGAAAACGGCUGGCGCGCUGGAAGAGUCGGCUGCGCGGCCCGUAUGCCUGCGGCGCCAUGCAGAAGACCCAGGUGCUGCUGGCCAUGUCUCACGACAGCAGCCAAGGCAGGUUGAGACUGGAGAACGACGAGCCCCUCCUGCAGUUCCAGCAGGGCAGCGGGAGCGACCGCGUGACCAGGGUGCGCUCACUACUGGCCGAGGCGGUUGAGGCGGUCGGGGGGACGCCCGUGUACGACCCGGGCUACGGGGUGCUGGGAAACCACCAGGUGACUGUUCAUCCGCUCGGGGGAGCGACAAUGUCGCGAGACAACACCGGGGCCCACGGUGUGACAAACCACGCCGGAGAGGUCUUUUCGGGCACCGACACGUCCGCCACGCACCGCGGGCUCGUUGUCGUCGACGGGGCCGCCGUCCCUGCCGCGUUGGGAGUCAAUCCGCUGGCCACCAUCUCGGCCCUGGCGGAGCGAGCCGUCGACGAGUACGCCCGCACGGCUGGGCUGGUCAUCAGCAAGGAGCACAACGGCAGCAUCGACUUUGCCGCCGGGCCGGGCCGUCUGCCGCAGCGCCCCCUGCGGCAACGCCAUGCCGACGCAGAAAAGCAGCCCGACCCGGCUGCUGCCCCCGACGGCCACUCCAAGCAGAGCCCGGCCUCCGCUCACGGCCAGCCCCCCAGUAUCGCCUUUACCGAGUGCAUGGCGGGCUUCGUCCACGCCAGCACGUCGGCCGCCGCGUGCGCAGAGGCGGACUUCGCACCGUCUUACCGCGUGGCCAAGCUCCGAGGAGAGACGGCGCGGCUGCUCGUCCAGGCGGACGUUUCGGAAGCGCCGUGGCGCCAGCACGGCGUCUCGGGCCGCCAGUACAGCGGCUCCAUCAAUGGCACGUUUGUGUGCGCGUCGCUGCCCGGAUCGCCGUUCAUGAUCCGCCGGGGGGACCUGCAAAUCUUCCAGCCGGCGGAGGCGCCUCCCGAGACGAGCAGGUUCGUGUACGACUUUGACAUGGCGGGGACCGAUGGGCGGCUCGUCCGCUUCUACGGCUACAAGACGGUUGAUGCGUCGACAUCGUUUAGCCCGGUGCGUCUGUGGAAGGCGCUCACGACCCUGUUUGUCUGCAUCACGGAGCUGAAUGACCAAGAGGCGGCCAGGAGGGAGGAAAACGGGGCGCAACGACGUGCCGCGCCGGCUCAGGGGCGGGUUCUCGCCCAAGGCAUCCUGCGGCUGGGCGUUCGGAGCUUCCGGAAGCAGCUCCUGGGCAUGGAGGCGGCCGGUGAUACUAUCCAGGACAGGACGAGGAACAUGAGCCGGUUUAUGCGAUACUUUGCCGGCAAGGCGCUCGGCCAUCUGCUGCUGCCGCUGCAGCCGCUGCGGUACGCCACGACCACGACGGCUGCCCAAGCCGCCUACGUGAACCCGACGUCGCCGACAAGGUCCUACACCAUUGUCGCCAGCGACGGCGUGCAGACCGUGCUACACAUGUGGGAGCCGGAGCCGCGCGUGUCUGCCGACCAGCCGCCCGUGGAGAACCUGUUUAUGAUUCCCGGCGCCUCGGUCGACCACCAGAUUUUUGCGCUGCCCACCAUCCCGCUCAACGCGGUCAACUACUUUACCCGCGCAGGCUACCGGGUGUUCGUGACGGUCCACCGCAUCGGGCUUCAGGAUGCCGGCCGCGGCGACGGCGACAGCUGGACCACGUACGACGCCCGACUCGACCUCCGCGCCUGCAUCCAGUUCAUCCGGCAGUUCUGGUCGCCGGCCAAGCUGUACACCAUCGCGCACUGCAUGGGCUCCGUCGCCUUUGCCAGCGGCCUCCUCGACGGCACGAUCCCGGCCGACUGGAUCCGCGGCAUCACUUGCAGCCAGGUCUUUGCCCACCCGGUCUGGAGCCCCAGCAACGUCGUCAAGAAGGCGUCGCCCGUGCCGCUCGACCGGCUGUACGCCCGCCUCGCCGGCGGCUGGUUUGACUGCCGCCCGGGGCCGUGCGACCGGCCCGUCCAGCGUGCCAUCAACCAGCUCCUGCGGUUCUACCCGGACAGCGCGCGCGAGCGCUGCUCCAGCGCGGCCUGCCACCGCACCACCUUCCUCUUCGGCCGGUGCUGGGCCCACGAGAACCUCAACCGCGCGACGCACGACCACAUCGACCGCUUCUUUGGCGGCGCCAGCAUGGCCCUCAUGCAAAUGCUGAUGCAGAUGGACGGCAACGUGACGGGCAACGCGCCGGGCUACAAGGUGCUCACCGGCGCGGAGAACGUGGAGCGGCUGCGGGGGAUCCCCAUCUUUCUGUUCUCGGGCGAGGCGAGCGACGUGCUGUCGCCGGCGGCGACGGAGAAGACGUACGCGCUGCUGUGCAGCAGGUUCGGACUGGCAGCCGAGGGGGGCGGCAUCCAGUACCGGCGGAAGGUGUUUCCGGGGUAUGGGCACCUUGACUGCUGGAUGGGGCGGGACGCGUGGAGGGACGUGUAUCCCAGCGUGAGGGAGGAGGUGGACAGGGUCGUGCGGGGGGUUGAGAGGCGGUAG